AUGUCAUUUGAAGGUUGCCAAGUAAAUAACUUUCAAAUAAUAAGACAAAUCGGUUCAGGUGUUUAUGGAUUGGUGUUUCAUGUAUAUGAUUCAGUAACAAAAUUUGAAUUUGCAAUGAAAGUUAUACUUAAAUCAUCAAUCGAUUCAUUUCUUGAAACUUAUUCAAAGGAAGAAAGUGAAGAAAGAAAUUUACAAUUACAACAAGAAUUAAUUAAUUUUUUUCAACAAAAUCAAAAUCAAUUAAAUAUCCCAGCUGUUGAUUUACAAUCAAUUAAAGACCUUACGCCUGAACAAUUAUCAAGAAUUCCACAAUAUAAUGAAAUUUGGAUGCAAUUACAAGUUCAUUCUCAUAAGAAUGUUGUUACAAUAUACCAAGUAUUAGAAAGUCCAGUUGCUACAUUCCUUAUCAUGGAUUAUUAUCAAACUGAUCUUUUUAAUUCUAUUGUUAAUAUGAAAAGUUUCACGAACGAUAGCAAUUUAAUUAAGAAAGUUUUCUUACAAAUUUGUUCUGCUGUUAAAUAUUGUCAUGAAGCUGGUAUUUAUCAUUGCGAUAUUAAACCUGAAAAUGUUGUAUUAGAUUCUGAAAAUAAUGCAUAUUUAUGUGAUUUUGGUUUAUCUACCACAACAGCUCAUUUAUCACCAAAUACUAAUGUUGGUAGUACAUACUAUAUUGCCCCUGAAAAAAUCUUAUAUUUUAAUGAUUAUACUACUCAAACAGCUAAAUUACCAACUAAUACUGGUGAUGUUUGGUCUUUAGGGAUUCUAUUAAUUAAUUUAAUUUGUAUUAGAAACCCAUGGUUAAAGGCUCAUCAAACUGAAGAUAAAACAUUUUACCAUUUUGUAAAAGAACCUAGAGUUCUACAAAAAAUAUUACCAUUAUCAGAUGAUCUAUAUAAUCUUUUAGUGAAAGUAUUACAAAUUAAUCCAUUCAAAAGAAUAUCUAUUGAUGAAUUAAUGAUGGAAGUACGUUCUAUUAAAUCAUUCACCAAUGAUAACGGUCCAUUAACAAUAGUACCUGAAUAUAACGAGGAUAUUGAUGACAUCACAAUGUAUUACUCUACUAAUGUUGUUACUGCUACUCAAGAGAAAGCAGAAAACGAUUAUUACAACUACUUGUCUGAAGAUGAUGACGACAAUGAGGAUGAAAAAAGAGAAGAAGAAGUAGAGGAAGCAAUUAUACAAAGUGAUUGUAUUAAACAGCCUCUGGUUCAACAUAUUGAAGAUGUUUCUCUAUUAUAUCAAAGCUCUAAAGAUAUAAAUAGUUGUGCUACUUUAGGUGAUAAGACAUUAGAUAAUGAACCAAAUUUCAAAAAUGCGGUUAAUAUGAUGGCAUAUACAGGACUUUCAUCAGACGCUACUAUCUGUGGAUCAGAUACUAACGAUUAUCCUUCGCUAUUUCAUACAGAACAGAAAAAUUCUACUUCUAUUAACGAUUCGGAAGACAUUCGAUUGAAUAUGUCUUCAACAUGA